AUGGCCUUUACAAACACCCCAGACAAUUCCGGCUUCACAGGAGUAGGCCAGCAAGACAUCGACACUUCAUCUCUUGCCAGCGUUGCCUCGUCUUUUGCGAGCGAGUUCUCCCAGACCACCGGGACUCAUUUCACACGCACCAGCAGCGGUGCAUCGCAGACCGCCGCAUCAGAUUCUGACAACUCGAGCGCCGGCACGCCUGCUCCCUCUGCCUCCCAAACAGCUUCCACCACCUUCGCUACAUCGAUCGCCACCCCCGGCUCACCGUCAGAGUCACCGAACUCCAGCGCGGGCAGUCAAUCUACCUCAGCAUCCAAUGCGGCCAGCAGUACCACAGGUGGUGCCGUCACCGUCUCAGAAAAGUCUUCUUCUUGCAACAGCAUUUCAUGCUCUCCCGCCCUCAAGGCAGCUAUUGCCGUCCCGAUUGUCGUUGCUGCCAUCGCCGCCAUCCUUUUGUUUUUCUUUUGUGCUAGGAGGAGAAAGAGACGUGCCGGCGCUGCCAUGUCAGAGAAAGCGCCGAAGAAGCAAGGGAAGAAAUGGACACGCCAUCUGCGAGCCUUUUCUUUUGACGCUGAAUUGCUCAUGGGUGGACGAUUCUCCAGCUCCAAUAGCAUUCGCAGCCGAGAUCCCAGCGUCCGAAGUGGCCCGGGCACACUGUCUCGCGCAAGCGGUCACAGCGGUGAACCAAGUCUGCACAGUAUUGACGAGGUUGCACCCCCGUACCGAGAUGCCGUGACCAAUGUGACGCCACCGAGCCCAACUCGCGCCAUCCCUCAUGUCACCACUAUUGCAGCUGAUCCAAUUCCUCGGCCGUCCUCGACAGCCACAGCACCACCUCCAUACCGAUCUAUUGUUGGCGGAACUGGUGCUGAACCACCCAGUCCUUCGACGAUUCGAAAUCCAUUUGCAGACUCAACUCCUGUCAGUCCCAUUGAAGGGUCACCUUUCAAUGACCCCCCUGAGGAAGCGUCCGGCGCCCUGCGUCCUACUUUGAGCCGUGGUUCUUCCAUGUACCGCAGCGUCAUGACGGAAGAUGAUCCUACCCCCACCGCAUCCGAAGCUGGGAGCAUCCGGCAAGCAAUGGUGGGCAGGCGUGUGUCUGUCAGGAACGGCGAUGGAGCCAGUGGUGGAGGUGGCGGCAACAGCAGCUAA